GCAUUGUUGGCUCCGCGUUUCCUACGCAAUAACCCAUUGUUAUCGCGUUGUCUCUGUGGAAACGCUUCGCGUAUCUGUGGUAACCGUGGAGAUUCGAUGUUUCUUAUGCAACGGUCUGUUCUAGCGUUUCCAUAGAAGUGCCUCUUCUUUCAGACACGUUACAGUAUAUUUAUCUAAAUACAUACAAAUACGAACGAAUAACCUUUGGGACUGUCGUAUCUAAUGGGACUUUUGUUCGCAUUUAAAAUGGCGGAUAUUGAAAGUUAAUGGUUGCUUUAUAUGUAUUGUAUUUGACCUGUGUUUGUAAUUGAAGGGAAGAAUAGAAGGGCCCUUCUCCACAUCACUUUAUCGUGCCGAACAUGGUGCGAAGUAGUGGUCAUCAUCGUAAACGGUCUCGCAGCAAAUCUGCUAGCCCAGAAAGAAAGAGGAGUAGAAGGUCACGUAGUCGUGAAAGAGUGAAACCUCGCUACAGGCGCAGUAGAUCACGGGACCGAGAGCGAGACUUAUCAGAUAGAGAUCGUCAUCGUCGUUCUCACAGCAGGGAUAGGAAGUGGAAUGACAACAAGGAGAGGAGAUCUGCUUCAUCAAAAUCAAAAAGCAAAUCACUGCGAGAAGUUUCAGGAUCGGAUUCAAAAGAGAGAGAUAAAAAGGAUUCUAAAGGGGAUGAUAAAGCUGAAGAUGAAGCAUUUGAUCCCACAAACCUUGAUAAAGAAGAAGAGCAGAAGAGGCUUGAGCAAGAGAUGCAGAAGAGACGAGAGAGAAUUGAAAGAUGGAGGGCUGAGAGGAAGAAGAAAGAACUUGAAGUUACAAAGAAAGAAAUCAAGGGAAGCCUAUUAGCUAACUUACAACUGCCAAUGAAGAAGUGGACACUGGAAGAUGACAGUGAUGAGGAAGAGGAUAAGCAGGACAAUAAAGAGAACAAGGAUGAAAUUAUAGAGGAGGAAGUUGACCCCCUAGAUGCUUUUAUGCAGGGUGUUCAAGAAGAGGUGAGGAAAGUAAAUAAAAUCGAUGGCAAGAAGACCGAUGGCAAACCAGGAACUGCUGUCAAUAGCAACAGUUCGGGCGUUGUUAUAGUGACAGGCGUUGCCAAAAAGAAAGUUGACAAAAAGAAAGGGGAACUAAUUGAACAAAACCAAGAUGGCUUGGAGUACUCAUCAGAAGAGGAGGAGGAAGAUCUUAAUGCAACAGCAGCUGGGAUUGCCAACAAGCAGAAGAAGGAACUGGCAAAGGUGGACCAUUCCAACAUGCAGUAUACACCCUUCCGCAAGAACUUCUAUGUAGAAGUACCAGAGAUAGCACGAAUGACAGCUGAAGAAGUGGAGGCAUACAAGGAGGAACUGGAAGGUAUCAGGGUAAAAGGGAAGGGUUGCCCGAAACCGAUCAAAACUUGGGCUCAGUGUGGUGUCAGUAAGAAGGAACUGGAUGUGCUGAAGAAACAGAGCUAUGAAAAACCAACACCAAUCCAGGUGCAGGCCAUACCUGCCAUCAUGUCAGGACGAGACUUGAUUGGUAUUGCUAAAACAGGAAGUGGGAAAACACUGGCUUUCCUUUUACCAAUGUUACGGCACAUUAUGGACCAGCCACCACUGGAAGAAAUGGAGGGACCAAUAGCUGUUAUCAUGACUCCAACCCGUGAGCUAUGUAUGCAGAUUGGGAAGGAAUGUAAGAAGUUUACCAAAUCAUUAAACCUAAGGGCUGUGUGCGUGUAUGGAGGUACUGGAAUAUCUGAACAGAUUGCGGAGCUGAAACGGGGAGCAGAGAUCAUUGUAUGCACUCCUGGUCGAAUGAUUGACCUUCUGGCUGCUAACAGCGGAAGAGUGACAAAUCUGAAGCGUGUAACAUACGUGGUAUUGGAUGAAGCCGAUCGAAUGUUUGAUAUGGGUUUUGAGCCCCAGGUGAUGAGAAUUAUUGAAAACAUCAGACCAGACCGACAAACUGUAAUGUUCAGUGCUACAUUUCCUCGGCAGAUGGAAGCCCUUGCACGGCGUAUUCUCACAAAACCAAUAGAAAUCCAGGUUGGGGGUCGCAGUGUGGUGUGUAAAGAAGUGGAACAACAUGUGGUUAUUUUGGAAGAGGAGCAGAAGUUCCUCAAGCUGCUUGAGCUUCUGGGGCACUACCAAGGCCUGGGCAGCAUCAUUGUGUUUGUGGACAAGCAGGAGAAUGCCGACAUCCUACUUAAGGACCUUAUGAAAGCGUCAUAUCAAUGCAUGUCACUUCAUGGGGGCAUUGACCAGUUUGACCGAGACAGUACUAUAGUUGAUUUCAAGUCAGGCAAGGUGCGACUGCUUGUGGCAACUUCAGUUGCUGCGCGGGGUCUUGAUGUCAAACAUCUCAUCCUUGUUGUCAAUUAUGACUGCCCUAACCAUUAUGAGGAUUAUGUUCAUAGAUGUGGAAGAACUGGCAGGGCUGGCAACAAGGGAUUUGCAUACACAUUCAUCACACCUGAGCAAGAGAGGUAUGCAGGGGACAUCAUACGAGCACUUGAGUUAUCUCUAGUACCAGUACCAGACCCUCUAAGAAUGCUCUGGGAUCGCUAUAAGGCCAAACAAGCUGCUGAGGGCAAGAAAGUCCACACAGGUGGAGGUUUCAGUGGCAAGGGCUUUAAGUUUGAUGAAGCAGAAGCCAUGAUGGUGAGCGAGAAAAAGAAGUUUCAGAAGGCUGCUCUUGGUUUGCAGGACUCUGACGAUGAGGAUUUGGAACAUGACAUUGACCAGCAAAUUGAGAACAUGUUAGCACCAAAGAGAAUUGUUAAGGAAAUAAAAGCACCAAUAGGAAUGAACCCAGGUGCCCCAGUGGUGCCAAGCCAGCUGAUUCCAUCAGCUACAGACAAGUUGGAGCUGGCUCGUCGUCUUGCCUCACGUAUCAAUAUGGCGAAGAACCUUGGAGCAGAGGCUAAGGGAGCAACCCAACAGGCUGCAGAAGCCAUCCUCAAAGGUGGUGGAUCACAGCCUCUCAUUACGGCAAAGACAGUAGCAGAGCAGCUGGCUGCGAAGUUGAACACCAAGCUCAAUUAUCAGCCCAAAGAGGAGGAUGAUAAAGCAGAAGAGGAACAGGUGGAGACAUUCCGGAAAUACGAGGAGGAGCUGGAGAUCAAUGACUUCCCUCAGCAGGCUCGAUGGAGAGUCACAUCCAAGGAGGCUUUGGCUCAAAUCAGUGAGUACUCUGAGGCUGGAAUCACUGUUCGUGGUACAUAUUUCACACCAGGAAAACCAGCACCAGAAGGGGAACGGAAGUUGUACCUUGCUAUUGAAAGUACCAAUGAGCUGGCUGUGUCUAAAGCAAAGAUAGAAAUAACACGGCUGAUAAAGGAGGAGCUGCUGAAAUUACAGAGCUCAGCUCACCAUAUCAUGAAUAAGGCACGCUACAAGGUUGUGUAGUGACACUGUUUUCGAAGUUCUUGAUGCCACUAUUUUCCUUUCAACAGUUUGCAGAACUAGGCUAUAUCUUGUAAGAAAGUAAUGUACUGUUAGUUUUCAUUGUCAGAAAUUCUUGGAUCAGAUUAUGAAGUUCACACUUUUAACAUAAUUCUUUGUAUAGAUCUCAUUUUUAAAGAAAAGACUAUACAAUGUUUGGACAGACUAUUAUGUUUUCUGGAUGUGAAAAUAUGUGUAUGAAAAUGUUAUUAAUAUUUUUAUGUGAUUCAUAUAGGAGAAUUAAGCAUAAUACUUAUGGUGUAGAAACCCAUAACCACGUAUCUCACCAGUUCCCUCCUUCCUGUUGCAGUAAAAAGGAAUAAAUCAAAUUUGGAGGAGAAGGAAUUUA